AUGACUUCUCGUAGGAAGGAUACCCGACAAAGUCGUUUCAAUCUCUGGGUUCCAGCCAAAGUUGUCGUCUCUGAAAAGCCAGAUAGUUCUCCAGCUGAAUCUGGCACAUCAGAAAACCCAACUUCAGACUCAAUCAUUCCUGAGUCAGGAAGGAGUCGACUUAGGCUUCGUCUAACCCGAAGUGGAUCUAAAAUUCUGGUCUUGUUGGGAUUGCGUGGCUCGUCGAAAGGUAACAAACAGUCGACUGUUGAUACCGAAUGCUCCAAAUCUGUCCAGACAGGUGAUGAGAAUAUACAUCCGCCAUCUCCUUCCUCCGGGGGCAACAAUGGCGACGGUAGUCCUGGGUAUCUAACUGCAGUCGAUUCCCCGCAGAGUGAACCACUGCCUGCCACUCCUUCAUUUAAUACUCCCAUUGAGAGCGCAGAAACGUCGUCCGAGCCCCUUCCAGAUUUGCGACAGUCGCCCGAGAGUCGGGGGGAACCAGCAGUUGAUGAGUUCCCGCAACAGAAUCCCGCAAGUGAAGACCGACCGCUGCCUGUCGCCCAACAACCGAGCCUAACAAAUUCAAAAUUCGUCGACCGCUUCUCGCAUAAAAUCUCGCUGGCUUUUGGUCAGUCUACUGUCAUUCAUCACGCUCAUCGUUGUUCCAGACCAAGUAUUCUUCGUGUCAAUUCACCAGUGUUGGAAGAACUCAGCAAACAAGGCGAUUGUGCUAAUGAUAGCUCGGGCCCUUCAACCACUCCCAGCAGCGUCAGCUCUCCUAUCGGUGGUCAAUCAUCACCCCUAACUCCAUUGACAACCGGCUUGACUUUCUCUUCAUCGGACAAGUCCAAGCUAUGUGAUGAAGAUGGGCAAAAAUCCGCAGGAGCGUAUUGGCCCUCUCUUUCCAAUAUUGAAAACACUACGGACGCUUUCUCGGACGCAGCAGAACCCGAAGUUUUGCCAUCAAUCAAAACGGUGGAGGCAACGUCGGUUGCAAAGGUUUACCUGGAACUGUACUUCAAUUCCAUUUUUCAGAACAAAGACCUACGCCAGCAACGCCAGCUAGAGCUAGAACAACACAUCUAUUCAUUUGAGCUCACUGCAGAGGAGUGCUCGAUGACAAGGCACAACUGGAUCUUGCGGGAGAAUGAUUAUCUGCGAAAAUGUCGUGCUCUCAAGUCAAAUCGAUGUUAUAUGCAAAGCGAAGAAACAAUCUCCAUCGCUGGGUACAAGGCCGUUAAGGUACUGGGGAAAGGUAGUUUUGGUGUUGUACGCCUUGUUCGAAAGAGUGAUUUGAAGGAUAUCAAUGAUGAGAAUCCUCUAGCCGUGAAUGAAAACAGUUUCCAUGCCAGGUCGAAUCCUCUGGGGGUCUUAAAGUCUGCUGUGGAGGGAGCCAAACAGAGUCGUCGAAGAUAUAUGACAGGCAAAAGAAAAGAGGUAUACGCCAUGAAAGUUAUCAAAAAGGCAGAGAUGAUUCGCAAUUGUCAAGAAGGUCAUAUCCGUGCGGAAAGAGACUUCCUUGUUGCUUCUGAACGUUCUCGGUGGGUUGUUCCUCUGAUCGCCAGCUUUCAAGACACCAACCACUUGUAUCUUGUGAUGGAUUACAUGGUUGGUGGUGACUUUCUGGGGCUAUUAAUUCGCAGGGACACCCUCCGCGAGGACUGGGCACGUUUUUAUGUCGCCGAAAUGAUAUUGUGUAUUGAGGAGGCGCAUCGACUCCUUUGGAUCCAUCGUGAUGUCAAGCCUGACAACUUUCUCAUCUCUGCCUCGGGCCACUUGAAAAUCUCCGACUUUGGUCUGGCCUUCAAUGGACAUUGGUCUCAUGACCAAGCCUAUUACAACAGUCAUCGCUACUCUUUGAUAGAAAAGCUCGGUAUUGAUGUGAAGGGUGAUGCUGAGGAUCAAAAAGAAGAUGCCGAGGAGAAAGAGCUCGCGCCUGAAGUCAAAUUACAUAGUACGGAUGACCACAUUCUUCAGCAGCCUCCUUCGACUGGCUUGCUGAAUUGGCGAGACAACAAAGGGAGACGCAGAUUUGCUAAAAGUGUUGUUGGGACCAGUCAGUAUAUGGCCCCUGAGGUUAUUCGAGGUGAGAUGUACGAUGGGCGAUGCGACUGGUGGAGCUUAGGUAUCAUUCUAUACGAGUGCCUCUACGGAUUCACUCCCUUUGCCUGUGAAAACAGACAUGAUACCAAGAUCAAGAUACUUGUGAGUGAUUCUUGUGCUUGGGUUGCGGUUUCAGUUCUGACGAUUUUGCAGCAACAUAACCGUACUCUGCAGUUUCCUAGGGAAAGAUUAUCUGAAAAAAUGAUCUCCAUGGAUGCUAUAGACCUCAUCACGAGGAUUCUUCAAGAGCGCGAAUAUCGUCUGUGUUCCCCAAAGUACCAAUCCAAUGACAUACUCAAUGGACGUCCUGUCUCAACACAAAUGUUAUACUCUAUGGACGCGCGGUACAGAAACAUUGCGAGCUACUGCGUGUACGCCAAUGACGCAACCGACAUCAAGAUCCACCCUUUCUUUAGAGGCAUCCGAUGGCAAGAGCUCCAUUUGUGCCAGCCACCUUUCGUACCUAGAGUCAAGAACUGGGAAGACACCAGAUAUUUCGAUGACUGGAAGUUGCUCGGUAAUGUUGCCGAACUUCCUGCCGCUAGCAACUCGGAAGAAAUCACGCAUUGUCCGGACCAAGAUCUUGAAGAUAUUGUCCCUGAUGCUCAACAGCCGCGCUUACCGGAGGAGCCUGUCGUUGAGCCUCAGACUGCCGGAGACAAUGCAGAUGCAGCACCGGAAUACUCAAACGCCACCGAUAAGAAAAAGGAGAAAAAGCGUCCCCGUGACAAGAUCCUACGCGAUAAGCAGAUGAGCAAGACGGUCAUGGAUAUUCGCAAAAAGGGUGCGUUUCUUGGAUAUACAUAUCGACGACCUAAUGAGAUUGCUUUGGCGUUCAGUACAGAACGAGGCCGUCAAAGGCACGCCAGAGGCCAGUUAUCAGGUCUAUAUGGAUCAUGA